AUGGCUCCCACAGAGCUGCAACCACGCCAAACCCCCCACGAACAUCGUCGACCACCGCAGACCGGAGCUUCGGUUGGAGAAGAGGCCAUGCACACUAGUAACAGUCGCAUGAUCCAGAAGCAUCCCGCCACGUUCCAGUGCACCCUCUGUCCCAAGCGGUUCACGAGGGCGUUCUCAUUGCGGAACCACCUCCGGGCGCACGGAGACGUGCGUCCUUUCGUAUGCUCGGUAUGCGGGAAGGCGUUUACGAGGCAGCACGACAGGAAGAGCCACGAAGGGCUCCAUUCGGGGGAGAAGAAGUUCGUGUGCGAGGGUGACCUGCGCGCCGGCGGCCAGUGGGGUUGCGGCCGACGGUUUGCGCGCGCCAGCAACCUUGGGAGGCACUUCCGCUCCGAGUGCGGCAGGGUCUGCAUCAAGCCGCUCUUGGACGAAGAGUUGGCGGAUCGCAGGGCGGCUUGGGAGCGGGAGCGGAUGGAGGCUUGGGAGCGUAGGGCGACGGCUUUGGAGCCAUCGUCACAGGCGGCUGCAAUCUGGCCCGCAUACGGGCCACAACAUCGUGCUGCGAGUUGA